AGCCAAUGGAGAAUUCGCUGAAUUGUUUUCCCCGUCGUAAUGUCGGAAUCGUGGCAGCUAUUUUGUGCACAGCAAGCUCCCACUUACAUCACUCAGGAACAGGUGCAGGUGGAGAUAGCUUCAGUCUGCGAUCAGUUGACAGCUUUCACUGGCUUCCUCAGCACCGAACAGGACAAAGUUUCAGCAGUCAAGAAAAGUUCUGAGGUGCUGCUGUCGCACGUGAAGGAGCAGUUUGCUGAAAUGCACAGCUUUCUGUGUGAAAGAGAGAACGCUUUGACUCAGGAGUUGGCUAAAGACGAGGAAUCCGUCCUGGGACUGAUCCGAGAGAACCUGCAGAAAGCUGAGGACGGGCGGCUUUCCCUGGAGGCUCGGCUGACCGAGCUGAGCGCGCAACAAUCUCAGGGUGAUGACAUUGAGUUUCUGAAGGAAGUAAGCAAGCAAAGGUAGGUUUCCAAUCUUGUUGGCCAUCUCUCAGUGAUCUAGGAUGCAGGUUCUUGUUCCAGUUGCCCUCAGACUUGACCAACAAUGACCAUAUCAACAGGCCUGAUGACAUCCAACUGCCCAGUGAAGUAUCCACUGACCUGCCUCUGGGCUUAUUCAAGGGACCUCUGCAGUACAAGGUGUGG